UGUGUCUUUUUCUAUUUGGUUCUGUUAUUAGUCUUUUGACUUGUGAAACAAUGAAGGGAAGAAGAGGAAAAAGAUCAGAGGCUUUUUGGCCUUCUAUUGUGAUGAAAAAAUGGCUUAAUAUUAAGCCUAAGGUGAAUGAUUUUAGUGAAGAUGAAGUUGAUACUGAAACUGAGAGUGAAGAUGAUGUUUGUUCUCCUAAACAACCAAGAAUGCAAAUUAGUGAUGAUAGUCCAUUUAGAACACAAGGGACUCAAUCUAUAUUCUCAAGUCAAAUAUCAGAUACAUCUUUUAAAAAGGGAUGCAAAACAAGACACAGAAGAGGAAAAUCAGAAACUUUGCGUGCUCAGUAUAUAAAUACUAAGGAAGUGAGGGUAGCAAUUGGAUCUUGGAAUGUUGCUGGAAGACAUCCAUCUGAGGAUCUUGAUAUUGAUGACUGGAUUUAUGCCGAAGAACCAAGUGAUAUAUACAUUUUUGGUUUCCAAGAAGUAGUUCCACUGAAUGCUGGAAAUGUACUAGGAGCAGAGGAUAAUACACCUAUCCAGAAAUGGGAAGCAAUCAUUAGAAGAUCUUUAAACAAAUCUUCUGAGCCUGAUAGCAAACACAAAAGCCACAGCGCGCCACCUUCGCCGGUGUUGAGAACUUCUUCUGCUGCUGAUGUUCUAGCUGAUAAUAUAGAUGCUGCUAAUCCAAUUGAUAUGCUGAAUGAUGAGCUCAUGGAAAAUGUUGACAAAUAUGAUCUGCAACAGCUUGAAGAAAGUAACAUAAUUAGUAUAGGGAAUGAUUUACACGUGAGGAAAGUUUAUGGUAUUGAUCUUGAUUGGCCCGAACGUCCGUUAGACGCAAUCUCACAAAUUGUUGAUUCGAAUCCUAAGUUGCGGAGAGUACUAAGUAGUUCAGCAAGAAUUGGCUUUGACUUGAAUGAGAAUGCUUUCUUAUAUGGCGGCGGUGGUGGAGGUGGAUUGAAACGUACGCACCAUAGUUCCGGAAAUUUGGGCUCGUUAUUGAAAGAGCAACAAGUUAUACCUAAAGUAGUUGAUUCCUUAGAUGAUGUAUCUGAGAUGUUAUCUGAUGAUGGUGACGAUGCUUUUAUUGAAUUGCCUGAGAACCAAGACGAUGAUGAAUUAGGCACGACUAAAUCACAGGCGAGAUAUGUUCGGAUCAUCAGCAAGCAAAUGGUGGGAAUCUAUGUAUCUGUUUGGGUGCAGAGGAGGCUGAGAAGACACAUUAAUAAUUUGAAAGUUUCACCUGUUGGAGUUGGUCUUAUGGGCUAUAUGGGAAACAAGGGUUCUGUUUCAAUCAGCAUGUCACUCUUUCAGUCGCGUAUGUGCUUUGUUUGUUCGCAUCUGACCUCUGGUACGAAGGAUGGAGCUGAACAAAGACGAAACUCAGAUGUUAAUGAAAUUCUCCGACGCACUUGCUUCUCGUCUGUCUUUGCUACAGAUCAAGCGCUAACAAUCCCAUCGCACGAUCAGAUUUUCUGGUUCGGAGAUUUGAAUUAUCGAAUCAGUAUGUUAGAUUCGGAGGUUCGGAAAUUGGUGGCUCAAAAAAAGUGGAAUGAACUACUGAAUUAUGAUCAGCUAAGCAAUGAAUUGCGUGUUGGGCAUGUAUUUGAUGGAUGGAAAGAAGGGUUGAUAAACUUUGCACCAACUUACAAAUAUGAAAUUAAUUCAGAUAGAUAUGUUGGUGAGAUACCAAAAGAAGGGGAGAAAAAAAGAGCUCCUGCAUGGUGUGAUCGAAUAUUGUGGCUAGGAAAAGGAAUAAAGCAACUAAAUUAUGAACGUGCAGAAAUUAAGCUCUCAGAUCAUAGACCAGUUAGUUCAAUUUUCUUGGUUGAAGUUGAAGUAUUUGAUCAUCGCAAAUUAAGAAGAGCACUAAAUUUCACUAAUACUGCUGCAGUACAUCCUGAGAUUUUUCCUGAUGAAGAUGGUCAAUUUUUCUAAUGAAGAAAAAUUAAUUGAACAUUGGUAUCAAAUAAAUAAAUAUUAAGCAUUUUGUGAAUUAUUUGAGUCAGGGGGAGGCAAUGAGAUAGUCAUAUAAUAACAAAAAAAAAAAUUGUAUAUAGUCAAAGAAUAUAUAUAUUAUAGGAAGAUAUUUGACAUUUUUUUCUUCUUUUUUCAUAGUGAACAAACUAUUAUUCAAUUUUGGUCUCAUCAUUAGUCGUGUGUCCCAGUUAUUUUCUCUUUGGACAAUAAACGUCAGGGUGGGUUGUUUUGUUGUAACAAUAGACAAGUUUUGUGUAAUCUAAUGUAUUGAUUUGUACAAUCAACUUUUAUUCUUGAGCCAUA